ACACGUUGGGCAGCUGGCCACCGGCCGGACUCAAGCGAAAUAAUAAAGACUCACUAGGGCUGGUGUGGACUUCAGUAGCAGGCUCGCUCUCGCACAAUGAACACCACUCGCUGAAAGUUUCAACGGGACACGAUGGCACUCUUUCUGGAUUAGUGUUCAACAAUAGACCAAGUUCGAAGACCACUUGUGUGAAGUUGAAUCGUACUUGCAAAUAAAGAUAAGGGAAAAGCCAGACGAAGAUGCAGACAAGAAGGCCAGCCUUUAAGGUAAUAGACGGGGUUCGGAGAUGCGUCGCCGUGGAGCCCGAGUUUCUCAAAGAAGGUCUCAAGUUCCGAGCCAAGAAUGGAGACCUUGUGCAAACAACGUUUCCGAAGAACGGCACGCAUUGGAUUUUGUACAUCAUGCACUUAAUUCUUAGAGAGGGAGACCCCAUACCCACGUACGAAGAGUUUGCCAAAGAGUGGCGCUUCCUCGAGUACAUGAACAUUAAGGAAUUCAGCUCAUCUCUACCUCUGAGAACGUUCGUCACACACAUGCCUUUGGACAAGCACUCGAUCACCAAAGAAGGGAAGUAUGUCUACAUCGCCCGCAAUCCCUGGGAUGUCUGCGUGUCCUUCUACCACAUGGCGACCAACAUGAGUACUUUCGAAUUCCAAGACGGCUCGUUCGAAGAUUUCAUCGACACAUUUGUUGGUGGCGAUUUUGGCUACGGCGACUACUUUGAACACGUAGCAGCUGGCUACGCUCUGCGAAAAGAACCGAACAUGUUUUUCGUCACCUACGAAGAGCUCAAGAGGAACACCCGAGAAGUGGCGCUGAGGCUGGCAUACUUCCUGGGGGAGAAGUAUGGUCGCGAUCUGGAGAAAGACGACACGUUGCUCCAAAAACUGCUCAAGAGAUCGCAGCCUGACUACAUGCGCAGUGUGGUGGUUGCUGAUAUGAGUGGCAAAGGAAACCCCCAAUGGAACGAAGUGCUCUCUCGCCGCAAGAUAACCUGCAAAAAAGGCCACGAAGGAGACAAGAACAAGUACUGUUACGUGAGAAUCGGCAAAGUCGGUAGCUGGAAGAGUUACUUUACACCUGAUCUACUAAGGAAGAUGGAGAAUCGGAUUCUGGAAGCGGAGAAGAAGUCGUCCUUCAUGGACCUGUGGAAGGACAUUCGAGCUGAAGCGAUUGAGCGCAUUCAGAAAGAUGAAUAAACAGUUUUCUUUGUCGACCUUA